AUGCCUAUCACGCUACCUCCCACUAUUCUUGAAGAUGACAUCCCACCUUCUUAUGUAAAAGAACUAGGAAAAGUCACAUACAAGCUUAUCAAAUUGUACACUUUUGAUAACGAUGGUGAAAAUUAUUCACCUCAUGCCUAUGACUCCAAAGAUAAAACGGACAAACAUAAAUCUCACACCCAAUUAUUUUAUAAUAUAACCGAUAAAACAAAGUUAUCAAAAUGUACACCAUCAUAUUUCCGAAACGUUUUUCGACCGGAUGAAAGGUUUCAAAAUUUACAUUGGUAUACCGAAGCGCUCAAAUCGGUCUCUUCAUCCUCCGAACCUUCUAAUUUGUGGACGAUUGAUCAAGUGAAGUUAAAAAAGUCCAAGUUUAGUAAACGAAUUAAAAGACCAAGAGUAUUUUCAAUUGGUAAUGCCGAAUUGGGACGUUCAGUGUUCAAAUAUGAUAGCAGUAAGAACGAACCAAAAGGUUACUCCGGUAACAUCGCCACUCCAUGUGAUAAUUCUUGUAUACAAAGGUAUAGAUGGGUGAGGUAUAAAGAUGGUUCUGGAUGGGCGUUCAUUUCCAGGAAUGAUCCAAAUGCAACCUUGGUUGAAUUUCUUAAAACGGAUUUUGAUCAUGAGUUUGAUAUAAUAUUCUUGAAGAAUUCUCCUCCAGGUUGGAGGAUUUCACAAGAUUCAAAGGAUUUUGAUAAACCCGCUCAAUUUAUGGGAAGAUAUCCUUCCGUAUUUUCUAAUCCUUCAACAAUUCGAUCCUCGACAACCUCGGGACUUCUUUCAAACGUUUCAAUUCGUGAAUCAACGUUUUCUGAUAUCUCUACCGCUUUAAGUGUAAAUGAUGAAAAUGUAGGAAACGGCGGAAAGAUUUCUAACGUGAAUUCUCUUUACUCUGAACGUAAUUUCACUUCAUUAGGAAAUUUAUCUAAAUUUGAUUCCGAAAAAUCUUGGCAAGAAUAUGUUUUGGCUUCAACUGUUACCAUUCAAGAUGAGGUUAAUCAAAACAAAAGAAGGUUAUGGAAGAAGUGA